AUGGAAGAAGAGGAUAAUCAACAGGGAGUGGAUGGACUCAAUUACAGUGACAAGGGUACACCAUUGGUAGCCUUGAAAAGCCACUCAAAGAUAGUAAAGCUGCUUGUGGAACGUGGUGCUCGCUUGAUUUUGCGAACUGAGGCAGGUUGGACUCCAGUUCAUUUUGCUGCAGAAUCAGGGCAACUGGGCGUGUUGAGAACACUGCACUCCUUGCACGCACCGAUGGAUGCCCCAGAUCUCUAUGGAGAUGUCCCAAGAAGAAUUGCAGAAAUCUAUGGGCACAAAGCCUGCGUCAAAUUCUUAGAAAUUAUGAUGCCCAACAGAAAUGUUUCCAGUUUUAGAUCUAUAUGUUCCUUUAUCAUCUUUUCUAGCCAGAUCAGGAGGACAGCAGAACAUGAAGAAGGGCACUUCUUAGAUGAAGGAAAACCUAGGCAAGGCAUCCCUGAAAUCAAUGCAGCAACAGGAAAGAAGUUCUUUGAAGGUGACAUUAUCAUGCUGCUUGACAGAAAUGCACUGAGGAAUGACGCCUAUAGAUGGAAACUUCCAAUUCCGUACAAAAUGGGCGCCAGUAUAGGCCUGAAUACCAAGGGUGUCAUAUUUCAAGCAUUUGAAAUGUUUCGACUCAAGUCUUGCAUUGACUUUAAACCCUACGAAGGAGAGAAGUCCUACCUCCAAUUUGAAAAGCUGGAUGGAUGCUGGUCUUAUGUGGGAAAUCUUCAGACUGGCCAGGUCGUUUCUAUUGGAUCACGCUGUGAAUAUAAAGAUAUUGUGGAGCAUGAAGUCUUGCAUGCCCUUGGAUUUUAUCAUGAACAGUCACGCACUGAUCGAGAUGACUAUGUUAAGAUUUGGUGGAAUCAAAUCAUUGAUGGUCAGGCAUAUAACUUCAACAAAUAUAAUGACAGUUUUAUUUCUGAUUUAUACACUCCAUAUGAUUAUGAAUCUGUCAUGCAUUAUGGACCUUAUUCAUUCAGUAAGAACAAUUCUAUCCCUUCAAUUACAACAAAAAUUCCAGAAUUCAACAACGUCAUUGGGCAAAGCCAGGAUAUGAGCAAGAUAGAUGUAGAAAGGCUUAACCGCAUGUACCAUUGUGCUUCCAGUCUUACUCUCCUUGACCAAUGUUUAUUUGAGUCCAUCAAUAUCUGUGGCAUGGUGCAAAAUGGAAGAGACGAUGCGGACUGGAAACAUACCUUGACUACAAGUCGGGAUAACAAUAACAACUGCUUAGAGAAAGACUAUGUUAUGAGCUUUGAUACCACCAAAGGCCUUUCAGGUGAAACAGCCAUUUUGGAGUCCCGUAUUCUUUAUCCAAGAAGAAAUGAAAAGUGUCUACAAUUUUAUUACAAAUUUGAUGGCAGUCCAAAAGAUGAACUGAUUGUAUGGCUUAAAACUGAUGAUGGUACUGGAAACGUUAGGAAGUCAAUGAAACUGACAAGCAUCCAUCAUGAUGGAGAGAAGCAGUGGAACUUUGCAAACAUUCCUUUCAACAGCCGGACCAAAUUCCGCUAUGUUUUUCAUGGCCUUAAAGGAGACCCACAGAAUUCCAAAGGAGGAAUUCACAUUGAUGAUAUCACUCUGACUGAAAUGCAAUGUCCUACCAGCGUUUGGCAGAUAAGAAACUUCACUUCCAUUUUAAAGAGUUCCUCAAAAGGAGAUUAUCUGUCAAGCCCUAUCUUUUAUAACUCUGAAGGCUACUGCUUUGUGCUCAGUCUCUAUCCCCGUGGUCCAGCCAAAUCAAAUGGAGAUUACGUGGGAAUGAUGUUUUCUUUAUGUAGUAGCCAGAAUGAUGGAGCAUUAGAAUGGCCAGCUGGGAACAGGCAAGUGACACUCACCAUAGUGGAUCAAGAUCCUGACAUCACCCAAAGGAUGUCAGCAAGUCGAAGUUUUGUUACAGACCCCAACCAGCGUUACAAUGGGAAACCUUUUUGGGAUAAGGCUGACAUUACUGGAGCUGCUGAUCCUUUCUAUAAUAUCCACGUAGGUCAAAGAUGGGGAUGGCGUUACAUCUUGCCACACAGUGAAUUGCGUCGGAGAAAUUUUCUUAAAAAUGGCAAUCUCAUCAUUUUGGCAAAUUUUGAAAUUAUUCACGAUCCAGGUAGUGUUUUAUAAAUCCUUGGAAUUCUUGACAAACAAAUGUCCGUCUCAUCUGCUUCCAUCAGCUAUCCCAAACAAUUUCUGACAGUUGGCCUAUGGAUUCACGCUUACCGUCCCUGUUCCCUUGAAAACAGAAGUGGAAAAUAAAAUAAUAAUAAUAAAA